AUGUCGGAGAAGCGGCAAAAAUCGGUAUGUCCCGCCUGGGGGAACUAUAAGGAGUUGCAGGAGCUGGUGAGGCACCAUAUCGAGUCGUUUGACUACAUGGCUGCCAGAGGGCUCGAAGUUAUGAUGGAGAAUAUCAAACCUGUCAAGAUUUAUGACCCGGCAACCGACACCACUCUUUCUCAUAUCCUUUUUGUUAAUCCUAAGCUGCAGUUGCCUCAAAAGGAAAGGUUCAGGACAAAGCACAACGCACUCUAUCCUUUUGAAUGCAGACAAGCAAAGAUUUCAUACACAGGAAAGUUGAUAGCGGAUGUGUGCUUUCAGUAUGACAAGAAAGCUGUUAUAAGAGAGUCUUUCAACUUUGGGCAGCUUCCUAUCAUGCUAAAGUCAAGUCUUUGCUACUUGCGAGGUGCUGAUCCAAAAAAAUUGGUGUCUCUCAAGGAAGAGUCUGCAGAAUUAGGAGGGUAUUUCGUUUUGAAUGGGCUUGAAAGAGUCGCUCGACCUUUGAUAUUGCAGAAAGCAAAUUAUCCAAUGAGUACAGUGAGGGACUCAUUUCGUGAUCGGCGAGAAGGUUUCACUGAUAAGGCAGUUGUGAUAAGGUGUUUGAGGGAGUUCCAAUCUUCGUUAACUGAUCAAUCUUCAUUAACAGUUAAACUGUAUUACCUUCGUAAUGGAAGUGCAAGACUUGGAUUUUGGAUACAAGGACGUGAGUAUCUGGUUCCUGUUGGAAUUGUUCUGAAGGCCUUCAUUGAGACGUAUGACCAGGAAAUUUAUCAGCAAUUGACAUCUUGUAAUAGUGAUGGGCAUGAGAAGGGAAAGGGAGCAGUUGGCUCGCAACUAGUUGGUGAAAGAGCGAAAAUUAUUCUUGAAGAAGUCCGAGAUUUGUCCCUUUUCACACAGGAUGACUGUCUGCGCCACAUUGGGGAGCACUUCAAACCUGUAAUGGAGGGCUUUGAGAAUGAAGAACCAUUAAAUGUGGGACAUGCAGUUCUGAAGAAUUACAUAUUUGUCCAUCUCACUAAUUAUGAUGACAAGUUCAAUCUGCUUAUCUUUAUGCUGCAGAAGCUUUUCUCUCUAAUAGACCAAACAUCAUCACUGGACAACCCAGAUGCCUUGCAGAAUCAGGAGGUCUUGCUCCCGGGGCACAUCAUUACUAUUUAUAUGAAGGAAAAACUUGAAGAUUGGUUACGCAAAGCUAAAAAACUUGUUCAAGAUGAGCUUGCGAAGCCCAACCGGUUUAAUUUUUUGUCAGUACCGGAUGUCAAGAAGAUCAUUGAUAGAAACCCGUCCUCCCAGAUCAGCUCUGCAGUGGAGAAUAUGCUAAAGACUGGAAGGUUGGCGACUCAAACUGGUCUUGAUCUGCAUCAGAGGGCUGGUUUGACUGUCCAAGCUGAGAGGCUAAAUUAUCUGCGGUUUCUUUCUUUCUUCCGAGCUGUUCACCGAGGGGCUACCUUUGCUGGUCUUCGUACAACUAGUGUCCGGAAACUAUUACCGGAGUCUUGGGGUUUUCUUUGCCCUGUGCACACUCCUGAUGGGGAGCCAUGCGGGUUGCUGAACCAUAUGACUUAUUGUUGCCGGGUGACAUCCUUCUUUGAUCCGGAAGGGGGUGUUAAGGACUUCUUUGAAAUAAGAAAGUCUAUUCUUGGAGUUCUGUCUGGACUUGGAAUGGCCCCUUCAUUCCCCAGGCUUGCUGCAAGCGGCCCACCCCAAGCUCUUUCUGUUCUGUUAGAUGGCCGGGUUGUUGGUUCAAUACGUUCGAGUGAAGUUGAGAAAGUCGUUAGUAAGUUAAGAAGAUUGAAAGUGUCGGCUGCUUCAAUGAUCCCAAAUGAUCUUGAAGUGGGGUAUGUUCCUCUAAGCAUGGGUGGGGCGUACCCUGGUCUAUUCCUAUUCACUUCUCCUUCCAGAUUUGUCCGCCCUGUUAGAAAUAUUACUAUUCCUCCGGAGGAUGGUCGAGACAUUGAACUUAUUGGACCAUUUGAGCAGGUUUUCAUGGAAAUAAGAUGCCCAGAUGGUGGAAAUGGUGGCCGGAAUGAUGCGUUUCCAGCGACCCAUGAAGAAAUUCAUCCCACUGCAAUGCUUAGUGUUGUUGCUAAUCUCACUCCUUGGUCUGAUCAUAAUCAGAGCCCACGAAACAUGUACCAGUGUCAGAUGGCCAAACAAACAAUGGGAUAUUCUUUGCAGGCUCUACGCUACCGUGCAGAUCAGAAGCUAUAUCAUCUUCAGACCCCUCAAACUCCAAUUGUACGUACAAGUACAUAUGCCAAGUACUGUAUUGAUGAGUAUCCCACAGGGACGAAUGCAAUAGUUGCCGUGCUUGCUUACACAGGAUAUGAUAUGGAGGAUGCCAUGAUUCUCAACAAGUCUUCUGUAGAACGUGGAAUGUGUCAUGGAACAAUCUACCAGACUGAAACUGUGGAUUUGACUGAGGAUAGGACAGCAGGUCAGAUGUUUAUGAGAAGUAGCAAAGGUCCUAAAUUCCUUGAUGUGGAUGGACUUCCAUAUGUUGGUCAGAUAUUGCAACCGGAUGAGCCUUAUUGUAGCUUCGGUAAUACAAUAGAACCCAAAACAAGAGUCUUUAAGCGAAAGGGUUCAGAAACUGUGGUUGUUGACUAUGUUGCUGUGGAUACAAAGAAGAAGAAGCUUCAGAAGGCAAACAUUCGUUUUCGCCAUCCAAGAAACCCAAUCAUUGGUGACAAAUUUAGCAGCAGGCAUGGACAAAAGGGUGUUUGCUCCCAGUUAUGGCCUGAUAUUGAUAUGCCAUUUUCUGGUGCUACUGGCAUGCGUCCUGAUCUAAUCAUCAACCCCCAUGCAUUUCCUUCGAGAAUGACAAUUGGAAUGCUUUUGGAAUCUCUUGCUGCUAAGGGUGGUGCUUUGAACGGGAAAUUUGUGGAUGCAACGCCAUUUGCAAGUUCGGUGAAGAAAGAUGAUGCAGGAUGCACUAAAUCCGAACCUAAAUCUCUCGUUGAUGAUCUUGGGGAAGCACUAAAGUCUCAUGGAUUCAAUUAUCACGGCGUGGAGGUGCUAUACAGUGGGGUAUAUGGCACAGAGUUGACUUGUGAAAUCUUCAUUGGUCCAGUUUACUAUCAACGUCUUCGCCACAUGGUUUCAGACAAAUUCCAGGUGAGGUCAACAGGAGUAGUCGACCAAGUCACGAGGCAGCCGAUAAAGGGAAGGAAACGUGGGGGUGGUAUCCGUUUCGGAGAAAUGGAACGUGAUGCUAUGAUUGCUCAUGGAGCCGCAUAUUUGCUGCAUGACAGGCUGCAUACUUGUUCGGAUUACCACAUAGCAGACGUUUGCUCUAUCUGUGGCAGUGUUCUGACUACCACAUUCAUUCAACCACACAAGAAGAUGGUGAGGGUGGGUGGAUUCGGACAAGUGCCCCCACAAAAUCCGAAGAAGGUGCUCUGCCAGGCUUGCAAGACAAGCAAGGGCAUGGAGACUGUCGCGAUGCCAUACGUGUUUAAGUACCUGGCUUCUGAGUUGGCGUCCAUGAACAUCAAAAUGACACUCAACUUGAGCGACGGAGCUUGA